GAAGAUUUUUUUCAUGUUAUUAUCUUAAAUUGAUUGUCAACAGAUGUGGAAGCCACAUCUUUUGCUUGGGUUGGUCCUUCAGUCACUAGGCGAAGAGAGAGAUGAAACUACUCAAGACUGGCACUCGGAGAAACAACACCACAUCUUCCUGGCUUGUCAAAUUCAGUUUUUUUUGGCUGCUUAGUCAGAACUGUUGCAGAGCCAGUGCUGUUUGGACUGCUUACAUGAACAUAUCAUUUCACGUUGGGAAUCGUAUGUUGUCAGAGUUGGGGGAGACUGGAGUAUUUGGAAGAAGCUCCACUUUGAAGAGAGUAGCAGGAGCUAUCGUGCCUCCAGAAGGAAAAACUCAAAAUGCUUGUAAUCCCAGUACCAGUUUCAGCAGACCAAAGAACUCAAAGACGUGGCUUGCACUUAUUGAACGGGGAGGUUGUACCUUCACACAGAAAAUUAAAGUGGCUGUUGAGAAAGGAGCCAGUGGAGUGAUCAUUUAUAACUUUCCAGGAACUGGCAAUCAGGUUUUUCCCAUGUCUCAUCAGGCAUUUGAAGACAUCAUUGUGGUGAUGAUUGGUAACUUAAAAGGCAUGGAGAUCUUACAUUUAAUUCAGAAGGGGGUUUACAUUACAGUUAUGGUUGAGGUGGGGAGAAAACACAUCAUCUGGUUGAAUCACUAUUUUGUGUCUUGUGUGAUUGUCACAACCGCUACUUUAGCGUAUUUCAUCUUUUAUCAUAUUCGAAGACUUUGGGUAGCAAGGAUUCAGAACAGGAGAUGGCAGCGAUUAACAACAGACCUCAAGAAAGCAUUUAGCCAGCUCCAACUUCGGGUACUAAAAGAGGGGGACGAGGAAAUAAGUGCAAACAGAGAUAGCUGCGUAGUUUGCUUUGAACUCUAUAAGCCCAAUGAUACAGUUCGUGUUUUGACUUGUAAACAUUUUUUCCACAAGAAUUGCAUUGACCCCUGGAUUGUAGCCCAUGGCACAUGCCCCAUGUGCAAAUGUGACAUCCUUAAAGCUUUGGGGAUUCAAGUGGAUGUUGAAGAUGGGGCAGAAUCUUUGCAAGUUCUGAUGUCAAAUGAAUUACUUGGUACCUUAACACCUAGUGAAGAGGGGACAAAUAAUGAACUUUCUCCUGCAAGAAGGUCAGAUAAAAUGACCCAUGUGGAGGAGGAGCACCCUGUUUCUCAGAACGACAGCCAGCCUAAUUCAGUAGCAGAAGAUGAUCAUCCUUCACCUUGACGGCAUGACCUUUGAGGAAGUGGAUUAAACCUGUUUGUCAGAUCAGGUCCUAAUACUGACAAGUAGUUUGUCUGUUGAA